CAGAGCAGCUGCAUACCCACUUCAUCUCUCAUUUCCUCUUUCCUUUAAACUUGAAAAAACAUGGAGAGCAAGCCACAGUGGAUUCUCGCCCUCUAUGUCUUUGUUUCCUUCCAAAUAACUGGCCAAUCAACAAAGGCUGAUGCAGACGGCGGUAAUUCAGAGCUGAAAAUAUGGAGCGUUCGUGCCUGCGUGCGUGUUUGAGUGCGUGCAGGUUUCAUAAGCAUAGACUGUGGAGCAAGCACAGAUUACGUAGACGAAGUAACGGGGAUUCGGUACCAGACAGAUGAAGACUUCAUUGGAAGCGGAACAAAUUAUGAGUUACCCCCCAACGUUAACUUCCACAAUGUUCCAACCAUAGAGCGACAGCUAAUGACACUGAGAAGUUUUCCGGAGGGAGACAGAAACUGUUACACUCUGAAACUAAAACUAGAGAAUCAGGAACACAAGUAUUUGAUCAGAGCUAUAUUUGCAUAUGAGAAUUAUGACUACAAAAGCCAAGUUCCAAUUUUCGACCUCUACGUUGGAGUCAAUUAUUGGGACACAGUGCGAUUAGCUGCCGCGUAAUUUCUUCCAAUUCUAUGAUAUAAUAAUCCAAGAGGUUCCCACUGGGGCGGUACAGGUGUGUUUGGUAAACACAGGACAAGGCACACCUUUCAUUAAUACGUUGGAAUUAAGGCCGGUGAACAACUCUCUCUAUUCUGCUCCACUUCCCUUAGGCUCUUGCGGUAAGAAAGGAUGUUGGCUCUGGGUUUGCUCGCACCUUCACCAGUUAAUGCCAUCAUAGAAAUUAAGGACAUUUAUGGAGUCUCUAGAAUCAGUUGGCAAGGCGACCCUUGUGUUCCAACUAACUUAGCUUGGGAUGGUCUAAGUUGCAGCUCAGGCAACAAUAUAAGGAUUCUUUCCUUGAACUUGAGCUCAAGCAAACUCACAGGGCAAAUUUCUGCAUGGUUUGCUGGUUUGGGAAAUCUAGAGUCGCUGGAUUUGUCAAACAAUGAAUUGACCGGACAAUUACCAGAAUUUCUAGCAACUCUUCCUAAUUUAAAAUUUAUUAAUGUGUCAGGAAAUAAGCUUACAGGUUCGAUACCCAAGACUUUAAGGGAAAAAGAUAAUUUGCAACUAAGUGUAGCUGACAAUCCAGGCCUUUGUCAGAAAGAUUCAUGCAAAAAACACAAGUUUGUAAUUCCUCUUAUUGCAUCAAUUGCAGUUUUGGUCCUAAUUGCCAUUCUUUCUCUAAUGAUCUGGAGAAUCAAAAAGAAAAGGCUAGGUUUUUUUGCCAAAUCCCAGAAGAUGGAAAUUGUAAAACAAAAGAAUCGAGAAUUUUCUUACUUUGAAGUUCUUCGGAUCACCAACAAUUUUACAACUCUUAUUGGGGAAGGAGGAUUUGGGAAAGUUUACUUGAGCACUUUAGAAGAUGAUACUCAGGUUGCAGUAAAAUUACUUUCUCCAUCAUCAAAGCAAGGAUACAAGGAAUUUCAGUCGGAGGCUCAACUCUUGACACUUAUUUAUCAUAGAAACUUGGUUUCACUUGUUGGAUAUUGUCAUGAAAAUGACAAAAAGGCACUGGUUUAUGAAUACAUGGAUAAUGGAGACCUUGACCAACUAUUAUCAGAGAGAAACCCAAAUGUUUUAAAGUGGAAUGAGAGGCUUCAAGUGGCAGUGGAUGCAGCAAAAGGAUUGGAAUAUCUUCAUAAUGGUUGCAAGACUCCUAUAAUUCAUAGAGACUUGAAGCCAUCCAAUAUUUUAUUAAAUAAAUCUAAGCUAGCCAAGAUUGCUGAUUUUGGAAUGUCUAGAGUAUUUUCAAAUGAUAGAGAUUCUCAUCUAUCAACUCAACCAGCUGGCACACCUGGCUAUAUUGAUCCUGAGUUUCAAAGAUCUGGAAACCUAAAUAAGAAAAGUGAUAUUUAUAGUUUUGGAAUGAUUCUUCUUCAACUAAUAACUGGUCGUCCUCCAAUAAAAAGAAAUCUCGAAAAUAUUUGUUUCAUUCUUGAUUGGGUUCAAUCUAAAAUUGAAUGUGGGGAUAUUGAUGGCAUUGUUGACCCAAGAUUAACUAGAGAAUUUGGUGUUACAUCAGCAUGGAAAAUUGUUGAAAUAUCAAUGUCAUGCAUCUUACCAACACCAGCCCAAAGGCCAGACAUAACCUACGUAUUGCAAGAACUUCAAGAAUGUUUAGCUUUGGAGAUGGAUCAUGCGACACACAAUGUUGUAACAAGCAGUUCACUCCAGUAUGGUGUCAAUUGUGAAUCAAUGACCAUUCUCUCGGCCAGGUAGUCAAAAUAUUUUUGUUUCUGCUAAAUGAAACUAAGAAUCAUGCUUGCGAGCUUGAUGGACCACCAUAGACACUCAUGUUUCUCCUAUUUAAAUGAAUAUUACGAAAGGAUAUGGUCUGUUCUUGUUUAUGAGUAUUUGAAAUCACAGUAUAUAUAUAUAUAUCUCUAUGUUGAGCCUUCUUUAAUAUCAUUCAUCAAAUUUGUAGUAA